AUGGAAAACCACAGUCUAACAGUGGUGAAUGAAUUCAUUCUCAUGGGAAUCACAGAUAUUCCUGAGCUGCAGGCACCAUUAUUUGCAUUGUUCCUCAUGAUCUAUGUGAUCUCAGUGAUGGGCAAUUUGGGCAUGAUCAUCCUCACCAAGUUGGACUCCAGGCUGCAAACCCCUAUGUACUUUUUUCUCAGGCACCUGGCUGUCAUGGAUCUUGGUUAUUCAACAACUGUGGGACCCAAAAUGUUAGUAAAUUUUAUUGUGGAUAAGAAUACAAUAUCCUAUUAUUUUUGUGCAACACAGCUGGCUUUCUUUAUUGUGUUCAUUAGUAGUGAACUUUUUAUUCUCUCAGUGAUGUCCUAUGACCGCUAUGUGGCCGUCUGUAACCCUCUGCUAUACAUGGUAAUCAUGUCAAAAAGGGUAUGUCAGGUGCUGGUGGCAAUCUGCUAUCUCUACUGCACAUUCAUUUCUCUCUUAGUCACCAUAAAGCUUUUUACUCUAUCCUUCUGUGGCUACAAUGUCAUUAGUCAUUUCUACUGUGACGGUCUCCCCUUAUUACCUUUACUUUGCUCAAGUACUCAUGAAAUUGAAUUGAUAAUUCUGAUCUUCGCAGCUUUUGAUUUGAUUUCAUCUCUUCUGAUAGUUCUUGUGUCUUACCUGCUCAUCCUUGUAGCCAUUCUCAGGAUGAAUUCUGCUGAGGGCAGACACAAGGCUUUUUCCACCUGUGGAGCCCACCUAACGGUGGUCCUAGUGUUCUACGGGACUUUGCUUUUCAUGUAUGUGCAGCCCAAGUCUAGUCAAUCCUCUGACAUUGAUAAAGUGGCUUCCAUAUUUUACACCCUGGUUAUCCCCAUGUUGAAUCCCUUGAUCUAUAGUUUAAGGAACAAAGAUGCAAAAUAUGCCAUACAAAGGACAUGGAAUAACUUAUGUAAUAUUAUUAUUUAAACUUUGUAAAAUAUGACGCCUAUAAAUAAGGUUAUCAGCAUCAAUUUUUGCUCUGUAUACUUCUAGAAAACAUAAUAAGCAUAACUGAUUCAACAUAUAUUUAUAUAUGUCUUAAACAUGAUAGUCUCUUCUAAUUCCUAUACAUAGAUUAAUAAACAAAACAGUAGAAAUAUUUGCCUUCCUUGAUGAUAGGAGAAUUAUAUUCACAGUAAGCCCAUCUUAUAUAACAGUAGAAUGUGCAAGAUGGAUAUAGACAAAGAAGACAGGGAAACAAGGAAAGCUAUUAUGCUUGGUUUGAGUAGGGAACAGUGGUAAUUACAGGAGGGAGGGGCAAGGAUACUAGUGUUUUUAUCAGCUAUUGUAAUACAUUUGCAGUGUGUGUGUUUCUGUAUGUUUCUGUUUUGUGUGUUUGCGUACAUUAGCACUUUCCUUCUGUUUUAGCCUUCAUAUUUUUACUUGUAUAUUUUGACAUUGCAUUUAAUACUGGUUUUUUACAUGAUAUGUAUGUGAUGAUUUUAAGUCUUAUGAAUGUGCUUGUAUAAUAACUAUUCCAUAUAUUAGGAUCCCACUCAUUCUUUAUCAGUGCCUUUAUUUACACAUGUAAGUCUGUUAGUUGAACAUUCUUUGUAACUCAAUAAUCUGUAAAUUCUAGUUAGCACCUCAUUUUGUUUCAGUCAGUCCAUUCUGUUUACAUAACUAGAUAUAUCAAUUAUGAUUAAAUUUAGAAGACACUGAUAGAAACUGUCAGGUUUAUAUCUUUCCUCUAGUUGCCCUUGUUUAAUAAAUGCCAUUUUCAUGAAUUUUCCCUUAUUUAUGUACAAAUGUAACAACCUGUGGUUAAAAUUUGUUUUCAGGUUGUUUUCACGUCUUUGAAUAAGAGCACUAUUCUAUGAUGAAUUAACCUCCUAGUCUCUUUCUCACUGAGUUGACAAUUCAUAACUUUUAUCUAUAUGUACUAUAUCGAAUGCAGUAUAUUUUCAUUGAUUUCACUGUUUGAUCGCAUCAGUUGAUUGUUCUACUUGUACAAAGCAAACAAAAGUAAUAAAACACACUGUACUAUA